AUGGCGUCCAGUUCGACCGAUCAAGUCAGCGAGGUCUUUGAAAAGGCCAAAGCUGAUUUUUUGAAAGGAAUCAAAGAUCCGAAGCUGCGCAAUGAGCUUGAAAAAGCGACCACAAUUGACGACAUCUGGGACUACACCGAACAGCUCCAAAAGGACCAGGCAAGCAAUAAGCGACUCCGAGGCAUGAAGAGGAUCGGGCCUUAUAUCGAGCGACUGCAAGAAUACGCUGGUGUCAUCGAAGUCUUUGUCCAAGUUAAACCGGAUAUUCUGGCUCUCAUAUGGGGACCGAUCAAGCUCUUACUCCAAGUGUCGAGUAACCUCGUUGCUUCUUUCGAUGCGAUUCUCGGCGUGAUGAAGAACAUGGGGUCCAUUCUUCCUCGAUUCAACGAAUUUGUUCCGUUAUUCAAAAACAAUGAGCGCAUGAAAUAUGUUCUGGGGUUGUUCUUCCAGGAUAUUCUUGAUUUCUACCUCGUUUCUCUAAAGUUCUUUGGACUUACUCGCUGGAAAGUGUUUUUUGAGUCGCUGUGGCCAGCACGCCGAGCUGAGAUACAAGUCAUUGCUGAAAACAUAGAAAAGCACAGACUUUUGCUUUGCAAUGAGAUUACCCUCAACGACAUUUUGGAAGCUCACACGGCAAGGAAGAAGGCUCUUGAGCACUAUGCGGAGACAAGAGAAUUCCAAGAGCGCCAGGACUUUCAUUGCAUGGAGACUUAUAUACGCCCUCCUUCUUACGAUGAAGACCUGGAUCGUAUUUGCAACAGUCGAUGUCAGGGCACUGGAUCAUGGCUAGUUCAGGACCAGCAGUUUGUGAGUUGGGCUGAAGGAAAGGAGAAAUCCGCCCAGGUUCUUUGGCUUCAAGGGAUCCCUGGAGCAGGGAAGACAUUUCUAGCAUCGACAGCGGUUGAUAGGACGAAAGAUUUGGGUCAUUCGCUAUUUGCCCUUCUCAGUUACAGAAACGAUCUGAAAUCCCCCAUCCCGAUCUACCACUCCUUGAUCUUUCAGCUCGCAUCGCAAGAUCGAGAUUUGCGAACUGUGCUAUGCUCAACCAUCAUGAGCACCACUAAGGAUUUGAAACGCGAUCUGAAAGGCGACUCCAAAUUUGCCUUCAGCAUCUUCUCAAAGUUGCUCCAAGCGGCAGGUCCAACAUACAUCGCCAUUGACGGUCUCGAUGAAAUUGAUGAGUUUACCCAGCAAGCCUUUCUACAUCUACUCCUUGAUGAACUCAAAAGCUUGCCCCAUGUCAAGCUUCUUGUCAGUAGUAGAAGAGUUGAAAGAAUCGAAAGAAUUUUGAAGCCAGUUGCGGCGAUACUACCAAUUGACCAGAAGAAUUCUGACUGCAUCAAGGCAUACGUUUCCCGUCGAGGUGGGGAAUGGCUCGAUAACUCAUAUUUCGAAAGUGACGCCCGCUCAGAAAUUCGGCGAUUGCUCAAUCCCUUGGCUUCGAAGGCAGAUGGUAUGUUCCUUUAUGCGAGGAUAGUAUUAGAAGAUGUGGAAAUGCUACAGGAUUUGGAUUCCAUCCGGGAUCAGCUUAGUGUCCUCCCAGAGGGUCUUGACGAGGCGUACGAGAGAAUACUUCAAAGAAUUACAAAAUAUCCAUCGAGCGCUCAGAAGCAAUGCAAGAAGAUCUUGUCAUGGAUAGCCUGCGCUCCUGUUCAGAUCACUCGUCACGAGAUGGAACAGGUUUUGAUCAUCAAGACAGAUCAUAGAAGUGUUCCUCCAGUCAGAUCCACCCUGAAUACUCUUCCCCUAUGUGGUCCACUAGUUGAAGUUGAGGAUGAGAAGCUGAAAUUUGUCCACUUCACUGUGAAGGAGUAUCUUCUUCGACAUGAGAAGAAUAAGCUUUUCGAUGAGAGAGAGGCACUUCUCGAAAUCUCAACCACCUGCUUGGCAUAUCUCUGCUCAGACCUGCUGGAUGCGGACAUCAGCGACGACGAUAUCCAGCGUAAUUUAGUAUCUGGGGCAUAUCGGCUACUCAACUUUGCACAUCGCCAGUGGGCAGAGUGUCUUAGACUUUGUACGAGGCAUUUCCGAGAUGAGUUGCCGCCACAGCUUGUCCCCUUGCUGGGCCACAUUAUGCAAGAACUCGCAAAUCCAUACUACAGCGAGGACUUGGACACAAACUUGGGGCUCUGGAGUCUUGAUAGAUUCAAGUCAAACCUUGAAGAGGUCAAAACUAUUUCUCGUAGCCUUGACUUUAGAAGUCUUAUGGCUACUUCUUAUGACUGGCGUCUGGACGAAGGAGAAGCUUGUUGGUCGGAUUUUGAUUCCACAACUAUCUCUGCGACGACAAUACGUGUCCAUCGCAAAUUAAAGAGCCUUCUUUGCAGCGGCAGCAAACAUACAAAAGAUUGUUACUGUUCAGAAAUUCAGAAGCAUUAUGGUCCUGCUGUCAACAUAUGCCCCUUCUUGUCUUGUCGAUUCCAUCAAUUCCCUUUGAGAAAUAGGGAUCUCCGCGACAAACAUAUCAGGCAGCAUGAGCGCCCCUUCAAAUGCGCCGUUGAAACUUGUGAGUACUCAACUCUCGGUUUCUGUUCUCGGGGCCAACUCGAACAGCAUCGAGUUCAGUACCACCAGAGGCCAACUGAGCUUCAUAUUCCCGGAGACCUCGAUACCCUUCAGCACGAGAACCUCAACUCACUCGUGAUGGAGUACAUUAUGAGAGAUGAAGUUCAAGAAAUGGAACGGAUUCUUCCCUCGAUUAUAUCACGAUGGGCUUCCCAGUCAGCCUUCAGAUCUUCCUUCGAGGGCUUGUUAGCCUCUCAUGGUUCUGUCGCAAUGGCCCGCCUUAUAUUGAGUGAACGACCUUUGAUUGAUGACCCAUCAUCUUUGAUUGAUGACCCAUCAUCUUUGAUUGAUGACCCAUUUUGUAAGUCGUUUGUGCCUCACGCUAUCAAAAGUUGCAACAUUACGGUCGUUGAGUGGGUUUUCAGCAACGGCGUAAUCGCUUUACUGGAAUCCCGUGUAGUCGAGUCUCGCUUUCUCCCAGAAAUACUGGCCUCUGAUUCUAUUGAGAUUUUCAAUAUCUGGCGAAACUAUGCACUCUCUUUUGGCUCCACCGACACCAUAUUCUCCCCUAGACUGGCGUCUAGCAAAUUGAGCCCAGUGGUAGAAUUACAAGUAGCAUCUCUCUGGAUCGAGCAGUAUAGACUCGGAAAUGUUCUUGGAGGAAACUCAAGUCUGGUCCUGAACUGGCUGGCCUCUGGGAACUGCUCUAUCGUGCUGGCUAAGGCUUUAGUGGCUUGUGGCGCCGACGUUAACUUCGGGCGAAAAGGAAGUUGCUGGCUUACGUUGCAUCAGGCGCUCAGGAAGACUAGCGCUGAGGCAGCUGACCUAGUCAAGUAUCUUCUGCUAUCAGGUGCAGACCCUCAUGCAUCUAUUACACGGCGUUCGGGGAAGAACAAGGGGCAGACAGUCUUUCCAUCCUCAAUGCCUGGUGUAAAAGGCAUCUUCAAGUGGUUGGGGAAGACAUGGGAUGAACUAGUCGAAUGGGCAGCAGAAGAAAGAGGCAAAAAUGCAAAAGAUACAUUGCCACCCGCGUCUUCGACAUUGUCAGCAGAUAGGGGGUGA